AAAAUAUUAUUCACUUGUUGUGCUCAGAUCGGCACUUCCCUGUAUGACGCAGAGGGUGCCAAUAUUGUGAAAGACCUCAUGGCUAAGGCCGAAAAGAAUGGUGUGAAGAUCACACUUCCUGUUGACUUCGUCACUGCAGACAAGUUUGAUGAGAAAGCGACGACAGGGACUGCAUCAGUAGCCGAUGGUAUUCCAGCAGGCUGGAUGGGUCUAGACUGUGGUCCUGAGAGCUCAAAGCUCUAUGCAGAGGCUGUAGCCAGAGCCAAGCAGAUUGUGUGGAAUGGACCUGUUGGUGUGUUUGAGUGGGACAACUUCUCUCGUGGAACCAAGAACUUGAUGGACAAAGUUGUGGAUGCGACCAAAAAUGGCUGCAUCACCAUUAUUGGUAAGAAUUUAAUUCCAUAGUUUAAGUUCUUGCCU